GGGGUACUGGCUCGAUGCUGGUGGGACCCCAGGCAUGGAGCUGCCCCAGCCCCACCUCUCUUGGACUGUCAGACCCUGCACAAUCUGUUGCAUCAAAAGCAGAGUGAGCCUGAGAGAAGUGUACAAAGAUGGGUAUUAUUUAGUAUCGUAAUUUCUAAUUUCCUUCCUUUUGUGGGUUGACUGUAAUGCAUGCCACAGGCAUAAAACUACUGCAAAUAAGCUUGUUGGUCUACUCAUUUUGUAAAAUUGGAAACCUGGUUAUUGUUGAGAUAGGGUGUGUUGGUGGAGUAGGAAAUUUGAGGAGCUACAGAGUGAAGAACAAAAAGCUGUUUAUAAACCCUUGUGUGUGUGUAUUAACUAUAGUCAAGAAUUCACUUAUAAAAUAAUCACCAAUGCAUGAAGUUUAUGCAUCAAAAGCCUGUGGAACAGUGAGUUUUAGAUACAAAUAGCAGUGAUUUAUAAAGACAACACCUCCAAGCCUGAAUAUGAUAUAGACACAAUAUAUUUUAACUAUAUAGAAAAACAUGAAAUGCCAAUGUCCUUCAGAAAAGCAGUUCAAGCUUGGAAUUAACUUCUUUCUGUUGAGAAUAAUAAGAAAAGAGACCAAAAAUAUGCCCAAGGAGUAGAUUCCUGUGUGUACAGACAUUCUUCUGUAAGUGACCUAGUUUUAAAGAUCAUUGGGAAUUUAUAUUCAUUGCCUGUAGAGAGGCAGGGUGGCCAGGGAAAUGCUGCUGUGAUGAAGCCCAUGCAUCCAUGGAAAUAGUGCUGGACUAAAUUUCCUCAUUGACAUAAUUCCACUAAAUUAAAAGAACUGAUGUGAAGAUGGACUAUGUCCCUAUUUUUAUGUUUGACCAAAAGGAUCAUAAAAUUUUAGUUUAACUCACAAACAGAAGAUCUUUUGCAACAUCCUAAUUGCCUAAUUCCUAUUUUUGUUUCCUUUUCUGGGAGGUGAGGUUUUUACAUUCUUUCAAUCAGUGGAAGUAUUUUUCCUUCUCCAAGGGAGAAAAAACCCACAAACUAUCAUAAAAUCAAUCAUAUUUUACUAGAUUUAUGGUUUCAUUUUUUUGUCAGUGAUACAUACAGACAUCAGGAAAGAAAACUACUAGAUCAUUUUAUCUAUUUGGAGAUGAAGUGUUACCCCCUAAGGCUGUACAAUUCAGUGUCAAGCAGCUGAUUUAUAUUACUUUUGUAUAUAAUAGUUCUGUAGCCAAAUCCUUUGAUUGCCAGGAUAUCUUAUUCAGGCUCCAUUUCUCUUAUGUGGAUUUGACUUUAUUUUUUAUACUUUAAGGUAUGAUGAAUGCAUACCUUACACAGUAUGAAACAUUUAGCAUGCAACAAUGACUGUGUUUACAAAUGGCUUUAUUCCUUUCUCCUUUCUGUGGAAUUUUUAUUAACAUUGCAUGGCAUAUAUUUGCAGUAAUGUUUUCAGCUGUGAAAUGUAGCUCUGAACUCUGACUAAAUGUAUCUUCUACACAAUAGCACUUUUGCAAAAUGUAUUGUUAUUGUGGGGUUUUUUUUGGUAACUGGAUCAUUUUCUUACAUCAAAGCCUGUCAGGCUCACAAGUAUUUCAACAAAUGGAAUGAUUUGUAUACACAACUUAAAAGUUUUCUGCGUGAGGUAGAAAAGCAAAUCUGAAACAAAACUGUGUGUCACUGAUGAGAAAAUGUUCUGUCUUUGUUCUCUGUGCAAUCAUUGGAUCGAGACGUUAUUUGUAGAGGUUCUUCUCUUUCACAACAGCCGGCAGGAGCGUUCAUGGGCUAAUCUUUAUCUUCGGUCUGCUCUUCAGAACGAAUGCCUCUGAUGUGAGGCUACUCUACAGGAAACAUGACCUCAUUCGGGCUCUGUGCCUCUGAUUGCACGGGCUGUUUUCAAAAGGAAACAGGGGACUUGCUAGACCUGCCCUUGCGAAGAGCCAGGGCUGAGCUCUCCCAGGAAGCUGCUCAAGGAACAGCCUCCACCAGCCGUCCCACGGGCUCUCGGGCUGAUGAAGAGACAAAUUUUGCACGCAUGUGUUAAUUGUGAAAUGGAUUUUCCAGGUUCAACACCACUUAAUGAAGAACAUAGACACAGCCUCUCAAGACAUAUUUUUCCAAGUUGUGCUUGUGCCUUUUUGGAUGAUGAUCCUGCCUAUGGCUGCUCCACAAGUCCUCUGACAGGCUCCUUUCCUACAUGCCGCCGCAGCCCUCGACUGCUUUCUAAUGGUUAUUAUGUUUUGACAGAAGACAGUUUUCUGUCUGAUGAAGAAGGCAACAUAACACUGACACCAUCCCACACAAGUGUUACAUAUAAAGAGAAUUUAGUUCGUGUAUUCAGGCGAAGGAAGAAAAUCCGUCGCUCUCUUGACAGCUUGUUCAGUCUCAGUGCCUCCAGCUCAUGGCUCAGCUCCACCAUUCCCAGCAGGAUGGAUUUCUCCCAUGUAGAGGACCCUUGGCCUGAUGGAUGCAGAAAAUUAGAAGCCAGUCACAAUGAUAUUGGUGAUUCAUGCUUUUCUUCUGAAUGUAAUAACCAUGUGUCACAAAGGCAAAUUCCAGCAUCUCAUGGAGCAUUUCUCACCAAAGAUGAUGAGUUUCUUCAUUUUGAGGAACCAUUUUGUGCUUCAAAAUCCUGCUCUUCAUUUAUGAUAAAUGCAAAUGAAGAGAACUGGAGCAAUGCAGAAUCCAGGACAGUGCAAAAUGUCAUUUCUCAGAUGGUUGCACUGAUCACGUGUUUAAUCAUUUCAGCGUGUACAAGAUAUUUUCUGGGAGGACUGUCUGCCACUUUGUUGCUGAUGAUUUUAGUUUUUCUUUUGUCCCAAGAUGCUACUGUGUCAUCUUUCUUCAGUCUUGAUACAUUUUUCAAAACAACUAAGUUUUGAAAAUAGUAAGAAAUAAAGAACAAUUGCUCUUCAGCACUGAACUCCUGGAUACCUCCUUAUGGCCAUGGUUACAUGUUCCUGUGGACAAAAAAAAACCAGAUUUGAUAGCAUUCUUCCUCCAAAACAUAAUGAAUUUCAGCUUUAUUUUUCUUCUGUUCAAAUGCAAGGCCUUAGUUCUUGGUGACUACCUGGAAGAAAUCACACAAAUAAGUGCUAUAUCUGUAGUAUCUUAUCUUGAUAAUAUUAAAAGUGUUUUGUAAUUCCCGUGAAAUAUUUUUUUUAUAAAAAUGAUGUAAUCCCAUAUUUUAUAUAUUAAUUUCUUGUUACAACAUGCAUCAAAGAUAAUGGAUUUGGAUAGUGGCUGAGUAAAUGUGAUAACUGAUAUAUUAUGGAACUAAAACAGUCUUUAUAAUACUCAUCCUCAUAUUUGCUUGUAGUUAAUGCACUUGAAUAAUAUUGUAAGUGUUAAAUAAUUCCUCUUCUUUAUUUAAAAGUACAGAGACAACUGAGAGUAAAUAUCACUAUGUAAAACAUGUAAAUAUUUUGUUUGGUAUUUUAUUCCUAUUGUAAAAAGUCCAUUACUAAAAUAUUUUUAAAAUAAAGGAUUGUAAAGUUUUUUAGUAUUUAAAUAAUCUCUUGAAAUAAUAAUCUGGAAAUUUAAAUCCCAUUCUGAGAGAAAAGUCUAAGACUGUAAUUACCCUGCAGUCAUCAAAGCAAUUAUUCUGAAAACCAGAAGAGUUCACCAUCAGCUCAUUAGUUCACUGUAAACUAUCAAAGAAAAAUCUGAUUGAGAUUGGAAAAAAAAAAGCUUUACAAUAAAUUCCUAUAAUCUGUCUAUUAAUAAAUACAAACUGUAAAUUAGAAUUGUUCUCAUCUGGAAUGAGAGAACUCCUGGGACAAUUUCUCAAUUGGAGUUGAAGGGCUAAAAAUAAAAUGCUCAGGAUCUAUUAAGAUCUGCCUUCCCUGAGAUUUGAAUUGUGUAUGUUGAAUUAACAACGUUCUAGUCAGUUACCAGACUGGUUGUCUUUGGGAGUUCCCUUCUGUAUAUUCCUAUGGACACAAAAACAUGCUUCAUCUUUUUUCUCUGAAAAAAGGCACAAUCAUGUUUUUUCCUGUCAGAUAAAAAAUUGAAGCCAGGAUUUUUCUGAUGAAAAACUGAAAAAAAAUUUCCAACCUAAGUGUGUAAAUCCAGAGUUUCAGAGGUAGUGAGUAUUUGCAGCUUCUGGUAACUACAGUAUCAAGCCUAGGAUAACUGUGGAAUAUAAUUCUCUCACAGUAAAACCACUUAUUGAUUAGUGAUUAACUUACACAUAUACUAACAGAGAAAAAAAACCCUAGAAUUUUUGGGAUUUUUUUGUCCCCAGUGAUUAAACAUUUACUUCCCUUUAAUAUAGCACCUUAUUUAGAGAAAAGAAUCAAAUAGAAGCGAUGAGAUGUAAAUUUAUACCCCCUAUGCAUUUUUUAAUAAAAUUUAUUGCUUUUUAAAUAUAUAUGAUAUUUAUCAUUACACCUUGUCUUAUUCUCUCUUACUUCAGCUGUGUUCAGCUGAGUUUCAGAGUAAUUCCUGAGUAUAUAUCAUGUACUGCUUUACAGGGGGAAUGUUCAUGUGGGAGAUAAUAAUAUUGAUGCCAUUCCCCAAUUUUUAAUAUUCCUGGUCUGUGAGCAAGUCUGGUUUGUAAUUAUCCUGAAAACAUUAGUCACAGAAGCCAAACCAUAAAAAAAAUUAAAAUCUUUUAUUUAAGUUAUAUGGAAUAAACUACAUGGUACAGAAUACAGGUUAUGACCACUUAGUCCAGGUCUGCAAAAUCUGCUUUUUGAUGUACAUUUUUAUGAAUUGGCUGCACUAUUUUAUAAACCUCUCUGCACGUUUCUAUAUACACCAAGCAAAACUGUUACUUCAUUUAUAUUGUUUCUUUUUUUAUGGUUUCUCACGCUGGUUUUUUUCCCCUUUUCUCUGGCAUUUCUAUAUCAGUAAAAUUGUUCCUGUUCUCAUUUCUGCUUGUGUUUGAGAGUGUUUUUCAGUAAUGAAGAUUGUUACUGUUAGAAACUGCAUAUAUUUCAGUGAAUUUCUUAUUUGUGAGUACAUGUCCUGCCCUGCAGAUUGUGUGCUCUUUGCGGGAGGGUUUUUUGGUACUUUAGUGCAAACAUAAAGCCUUGUUUUGUACUGGUGACUACAUUACCUAGCACCAUAGAAAAAUAAAAUAAAAAACAGUAAUUCAA